UAGAGCGGCAAGUCCUGGCGAAGAUGUCGUCCAUCGACAAGCUCUCCAUCCGAGGAAUCCGCAGUUUCAGCCCCGGUCGAGAUGAAUCCAUCGACUUUAACCAACCGCUCACCGUUAUCUUGGGUGCAAACGGAUGCGGCAAAACGACGAUCAUCGAGUGCCUUAAGAUCAGUUGCACGGGGUUGCUUCCUCCUGGUGCAAGGUCGGGUCAAUCGUUUGUGCACGAUCCAAAGAUUCGAGGAGACGUGGAAGUAAAAGGCAGUGUUCGUCUGCGCUUUACACGUCGCGCGGGACACACCAUGGUCGUGCAACGCACGUAUCGCUUGCAGCAAAUGAAAUCCAACACCAAGUUUUCUGCCAUGGAUGGUGUCGUUCGCAUGGUAAACGAGCACGGGGAAAAGGUUAGCAUCAACCAAAAGUGCGGUGAACUAGACAAGCACAUCCCUGACUUGCUUGGAGUGUCGAAAGCUGUCCUGGAAAGUGUAAUCUUUUGCCACCAAGAAGACUCAAACUGGCCAUUGCAAGAAGGAGCAGUGCUAAAGAAAAGAUUCGAUGACAUUUUCGAAUCGGCUCGGUAUACGAAAGCGCUUGAAGCAAUCAAGAAACUUAAGGCCGACCGUGCUAACCAAGGAAAGGACCUCAAACGCGACUUGGACGUGAUCAACGAACAGGUGAAGCGCGCACGUGAGUUGGAAGAGCAAUUGGACGUCCGUCAAUCUAAGCUCGAGGCGCUCAAGUUGGACGAGAAUGCCAUAUCGGACAAUAUAGACGACCUUGAGCGGCAUGUCGUCGAAGCAAAUAAUGUGUUGGCUGAAUCGAGGGCUUUGAAUGCGGAGAUUGUCCAGAAGGACAACGCACUUGUGGCCAUGCUGCACGAUAUUCAGCGAAACUACAGAAGCAACCCCGAAUUCAAAGAAAUGUCCGAAACCACGUCGCAAUUGAACGAGCUCCUUACAAACUACGAUGUCAUCGUGGCGACAAACAACCGCCAAGUCGAAAUGAUCGAGUCUCAGGAAUCCCAGCUGCAAAUGACGAAAGCCAUGAUUAGCGAAAAGGUCGUGAACCUGCGUGUGGGCAAAGGGCUCCUUAUCAAAGCAAUCGAAAAACUACGAUCGGCCGUCAAGUCUCGAGCUGAGAUAGCGUGUAACAUGGGUCGAAAGCACGCGUUUGGAUCAUUUCUGUCCCUCAACACAAGUCAGGAACUCCGGCAGUUUUGGUCGCGGUUCCAAGACGCGCUGGUGGAAAAGGAAAUUGAGCUCAAGAACUUGGAGCAAGAAAACGUGGACCUGAACGACACGUGGAAUUCAACGAUCAACAAGCUAGAGACACAAGUCAAUCACUUUGGCCUCCAAAUUGCCCACAAGAAUGCUGAAAUUGCCGAGGUCAAGAAGGAAGAAGCUAAGGUGGUGCAAUUCAUUCAAAGCUACCAAGGUUCAACCGAAUCAGCGCCGUCGCAGCGAGAACUGUCCCAGCUCGAAGCCAAGCUUGCCGACCUGGAGGCCAAACUCGAGGCGUCAAAGAACAACAACGCGAUGUCGCUUAUCCGCGAUGAGACGUUUGCACUGGAAAAGGAGCUGCACUCACUCACUUAUGACAUGCAAAUUGCCCAAAACAAAGUGAAUAUUCUGCGCGGAUUUGAAAAGGACGAAAGUGCGUUGGAGCAUACUCGGCGCAACGUCACUGCUAGUAAGCUCAGUGUGAUAGAGUCGUUAUGCGACCCCAAGUUGGUGCAGCUAUUGGCCCACACGCCGACUGAAGACUCGUUAGCGCACGAUGCUGACACGUUGGAGGCGUUAUCUCAGGCAUCAAUGGCUGCUGUUGACGAAAGCAAAGCAACCUUGCGGCAUCAAGAAGCCCGCGCGACGGAAUUGAACUUAAAAAAGGAACAAGAAGAGAAUUUUGUGUCCAAGUUGCGACAAGAAUUGGAUCUAUUGGAGCAAGGUCCUAUGCAAGAGUUGCAGCGAAUCUUUUCGGCGUAUUUGCUGCAACCAGAGUCGGCGUUGUCUCAGCUUGAAACCAUGUACAUGGAGGCUAAAGACAAGACUUUGAGCCGGAAAAAUGCUGUCAUGUUUUUGAAGACAUACAAAAAGAAAGGCGAAAAGGAAAACUGCUGUCCACUGUGCCAUCGCGGUAUGACCCCCGACGAGUUGGCGGUUUUCUCUAAACUCAUUGCCGACAAAAUGGACGACUCGAAGAACCAAGAAAAAAUUCAAAAGGCUGAACGGUUGGAACAGCAAGCUUUUGAAGUUUGGAAGCAAACCGAAACGUUGAUGCCGUCCUGGCACCGCCAUCAAGCCAUCCUAAAGGAAUUACCUGCAAAGAGUGAGAUGCUCAACGAACUCUACAAGCAAACGCGCGCACUCGAAGUCGACUUAACUCAAGCCCGUCUUGCUCUGCUUCAAAAUGAAGGCAAACUUGCACAAGUUGUCGAAGGUUGCGCUAUGCUGAAGUCGGUUAGAAAAAACCACGAGCAAGUCGAAUUCGACUCGAGGAAGCUGGCCACAUUAGAGCGGGACUUGAUCUCGCGAUUAGCAGACAGUCUCGGAUCAAAUCCCCCGACGAUGACCGAAGCCCAAGGUGUGUUGGAAGCCAUGCAAGUCAACUGCAGGGAACUUGAAACGAAACUCAAGAACAAGCAAAAAGAAAUUCAUAUGGCGUCGGAGGCCCACAUGCGCCUGCAAGGCGAAGUCAACAAAGUGAGAGAAGACAAACAUAUAUUGAACCAACGCAACAAUGAACUGGAGAAGGCCAAGGACCAACGCGAUCUUUUGCGUGCGACAUUGCGAAAACUACAAGACGACCUGGCGACCUCCCAGCGGGACUUUCCAGGGGUGCAGCGAGAGCUCCAAAUCAAAGUCAACGAACGUGAUAUAAGUCGUAUGCAGUUAAAGCAAGCGAUGGACGUGAAGCGUUCGGAGCUAACUCAGUGCCAGCAAGAUAUGCAGCUUGUGAAGACGAAGCAUGAAGAAGUUGAGCAAUUACAGAAGCAAAAUGACGAGGGCAAGUUGCAAGAACUUGAGCAAGAGUUGCAACUACUGAAUGCACAAAGCGAGCGAAUUUCUCGUGAAAUUGCAGUGCUACAGCCGGAGAAGAACCGGGCACGCAGUUCGCUGUCAGAAACCGAAAGCUUCAAGCGCCAGAUCCGCGACAACAUCCAAUUCCGACAGCUGCGAGACAACGUGGACAAGGCAAAGGAGGACAUUGCAGUGUUCAAGCGAAAGGUCGACAAAUUCAAAAGCACGGCAGAGGCCGAGAAUGCAUGCCGCGUGGCAAAUCAAACACUUAGCGCGGCAAAGGAAGCGCGAGCGAAACUUGCUGGGAAGCAAGACAACUUGCAAGAAUUAGUCCGCGAGGUGCAAGCACAAUUGGCCCACCGCGAUCUCAAAAACAUUGACGAAAAGAAGCGCCACAAGUUUAUUGAAUAUGAGACGACCGUGAUGGCCGUGUCGGACUUGGACAAGUACUACAAGGCGCUGGAUCUGUCACUCAUGGAAUUUCACUCACGCAAGAUUGAAGAAAUCAAUGCCAUCAUUCGGAGUUUGUGGCAAAUCACGUAUAGAGGUCAGGACAUCGACACAAUUGAAAUCGUCAGUGGUCACGAUACUGGCGACUCGAAAUCGAAACGUUCAUAUAACUACCGCGUUGUCAUGCGCAAAGACAGCGCGGUUCUCGACAUGCGAGGCCGCUGCAGCGCUGGUCAAAAGGUCCUGGCAGGGUUGGUGAUCCGCCUAGCUCUAGCCGAAACCUUCUGUCUAAACUGUGGGAUUUUGGCGCUUGACGAGCCAACAACGAACUUGGACACUGCAAACAAGUUGGGCCUUGCUCAAGCCAUUUCAGAUAUCUUGAUUGCCCGCGAGAAACAGCAGAAUUUCCAACUCAUUUGCAUCACCCACGACGAAGAGUUCGUGCAAAUGCUGAAUCGAUCACAAAUGCUGGGGGGGUCCCGUCCAGAAUACUUUUGGACGGUCAGUCGGGAAGAAAUUGCCCCCAGGUAUUUUGUGAGCAAAAUCGAUAAGCGGCCAUGGAGUAGUGAUUUUGUUCACCAUCCCGCAAACGACAUUUAAGCUCGCUAAUUUGAGCGCAUUAUGCUUCAAACUCAGAUCCAGAGCAAGGCUUAUAGUGAAGCUUGUGCAAUUGCUUGAAUCCAGAUUGCAACAGCCAUGGCACCAGGGUCUGGGACGUCUUUGACAUGGUCUUCGGCCACGUAACUCGUACGUCCACAUGCUUCAUGGGCAGCAAUCCGCUUGGUUGAGUUGGCACCUUCAAGCGCUGCGUUCUUCACAGCUUCAAUCCAAUCCGCUCGAGGUAUGUCCGUCUGAAACUCAGGAGAUGUCAUCGUCGCUUAUUAUGGUUCUGACAUACACGACGUGCCGCACGAAUGGCAGGCAACAUGGAGUCCAGCAUCGUGCGAGAGCCUUCCGUCGCCCCGCCGUAUUUCACAAUCGCCCCGGCACCCGCCGCAAAACUUUCUACCCACGCUUGCAAAGGAACUUCGACGACAUCGUUCUUAGAAUCAAAGGUCUGCAUCAUAGCACCGGCCGCCGUGAAAAAGAUCGUGUACAGCACUACAACCCCAGUCUUCCGUCAAAAACAACGAUUCUCAUGAUGUCUCUUGAACGAAUAGACCUCCAGAUGUACCACCAAUCGCACUCCCAACAGC